GCGGCCGGGCAGUCGGCGGUGCGGAGCCCACGGAUGAUGAUGUGGUCCAACUUCUUAAUGCAAGAGGAGGACCGGCGAAGGGGGGCGUCUGGCCAGCGGGCUCGAGGGCAGCACAAGUCUGGGCUGUCGCCGGAGCAGGAGGGCAAGAUCAAGCUGGCGCUGCUGCUGACCGCUGUGGGCGCCACGCUGGCCGUGCUGGCCGUGGGCACAGAAUUCUGGGUGGAACUCAACACCUUCAAGGCCAACGACAGCGCUGUGUGCGACGCUGCCCACCUGGGACUGUGGAAGAUGUGCACCAAGCGACUGUGGCAGGCGGACGUGCCCGUGGGCAGAGAGACAUGCGGCCCCGCAGCGCUGCCCGGAGAAGCCAACUGCACCUAUUUCAAAUUCUUCACCACGGGGGAGAAUGCACGCAUUUUCCAGAGAACCACAAAGAAAGAGGUGAAUCUGGCAGCUGCAGUGAUAGCAGUGCUAGGCCUUGCAUUCAUGGCCCUGGGGUGCCUCUGUGUCAUCAUGGUGUUCAGCAAAGGUGCAGAGUCCCUGCUCCGAGUUGGAGCUGUCUGCUUUGGCCUCUCAGGCCUGCUGCUCCUGGUCAGCCUGGAGGUGUUCCGACAUUCUGUGCGAGCCCUGCUGCAGAGAGUCAGCCCGGAGCCUCCUCCCGCCCCGGCCCUGACCUAUGAGUACUCCUGGUCUCUGGCCUGCGGUGUGGGGGCCGGUCUGGUCCUGAUGCUGGGGGGUGGCUGUCUGCUCCUGCUCACUCUGCCACCCUGGCCCUGGGGCUCACUCUGUCCCAAGCAGGGGCACAGGGCCACCUAGAGUCACUGUUGUGCUUUCUCUAAGCUCCUUCCAAACCCUUUUUUCUCCACUGUCCCCUCAAAAUUUUUUGCCCCACAUCCUGGAGGAAGUGGGUUCUCCCUGCUCUGGGGCCCACGUUGUUUGCACAAACCUGCCUCUUGUGUCCUUAUCUUUUCCUUCUGUAAAUAUGUUUACUUAGGUUGCUGAAAUGAGGUCGCUUGGGGGUGGGAUGGGGAGAGGCUUUUGGCAAACGAGGGUCCCCAGGGAAGGCUGGCAAGGACCUGAUGGGGUAACGAGGGAUGGGGGAGGAUGAAUUGGACCUAUUCAUUUGUCAGAUCUGGAUGCAUUGACUUGUGGGAGAGACUUCUUCCAACUAAUCUGAAAUUUGGAGAGAUAGGAGAGCGGAGGUGUGAGAGGGGGGAGAAUGUCUGGGUCUGACCUUGCUGUAGUCUGAUUUGGGAUUAAAGGUUUGGAAAUUUAACAACUUUGAUUUGGAGUCCAUUUGUGAUGUGAUUGUGCAUUCUGAGGUAGAGAAAAGUGACCCCCUUUGCUCCCCAGAAACAUGCUGCAUGCUACUUAUCAGCCCCAAAGUCACAUGUCAAUGAACCCACAGAGAGUGAGGGAAAACGGAAUUAUUUUGAAUGCAAACUUUGGUAUGGGUUGAAUGUGUCCUUUCCAAAAAUAUAUGUUGGGGUCCUUACCCCCAAGACCUUGGAAUGUGACCUUAUUUGGAGACUUGGUCUUUACAGAGGUAACCAAGUGAAAAUGAGGUCAUUAGUGUGGGUCCU